AAAUCUCAGUCUGUAACCUAAAGGUGGGUAUUGAUGAGAGCACCAAUUCAUCCGUGAACAAUUGUUGUUAUCAUCAGAUCUGUGAAUUGAAAGUACAGGUACAUGUGAUAUAUAGCCCUAGGAGUAUCUGUACUGGAUCUCACAAUUACACACAGUCAUGUGAACUCCGAGGUGCCACAUCUGAACAUGGGUCCGAGGGGUCAGCUGCAUGUAUAAGUACUGAAGAGAUGGAUUAUAACUCAGUUCUGCAUCUCUUCAUGGAAUUUUUUCAAACAUCAUUGAGUGAACGUUUAUGUUGACAUGUGUGAGUGAGGUUUGAGUGCUGACCAAGUGGGCAGAAGUGCACGACAGGGACUUGUUAAGGUGUAUUCCAUCAAAGUCUUUACGGCUUCAGAAGUCCUCUGUUCUUCGGAAGUGCUGAGGAUAUUUUUGCUGUUUAAAUCAGGAGGGAAUGAUAUUGAGAUCUGUACCGAGGAUUAUAGGAGUCUGACUGCAUGGUUUCUUUAUUCAUCAGAUCAGACCAGCAAAUUCUAUGACAGUUUAUGAUGUCUUGACAGCAACACAAGGGGCAUAACUCCUGAUCCAGCAGGAACACUUUAUACCAUGGCCAGCUUCUUCCGCCGAAAACGAGGUCUCAUUUUUAAAUUCAUUGUUGGAAUUCCAGCUUUAUGGUUUUUGAUUGUGAUAUUUACGACAUAUCAAGGGAAACUAAGUGAUAGUGACGAUGAAAAACGCCAAGAGCGUGAAAUAAUCCACAGAGAAAGAGACAUCGUACCUCCGCAAAAUAAUCAUAUACACUUAGGUGAUAGUGAUAAAUUAAACCAUGAUAGAAAAAUUCAUGCAGAGGAAAGGCAGGACCUAGACCAGAAAAUUCAGGCAGAUAAACGUGAGAGUGAGCACCGGCGUGCGGAGAAGGUGCAGGCACCUGUUGUAGAGGAGAAGAACGAUGAUACACUGAGGUAUAGAAAGAAGGAACCCUUGCCAGAGAGACCGUAUGUGGACCCUAAUGCACCAGGUGAGGCUGGGAAAGCAGUAGUUAUAGACAAGGACAAACUGUCUCCCGAUGAGAAGAAAAAGUUUGAUGAUGGCUGGCAGAGGAACGCAUUUAACCAGUACGCCAGUGACAUGAUCUCACUUCAUCGUACUCUACCAGACGUCCGAGAUCCCGAAUGUAAGGAUCUAAAGUACAAGGACAAUCUGCCUGACACCAGCGUGGUGGUUUGUUUCCACAAUGAAGCCUGGACUGUUCUGUUACGUACCGUACACAGUAUCAUCGACAGAUCUCCGCCUCACCUACUGAAGGAAAUCAUUCUAGUGGACGAUUUCUCCGAUAUGGAUCACCUGAAACAACCACUGCAAGACUACGUUGCCAAACUGAGGAACGUCAAAGUUGUGAGAACAAAGAAACGCGAGGGGCUGAUCCGGGCGCGUCUCCUUGGUUACUCGGUGGCAACAGGAGAAGUGCUGACCUAUCUGGACUCGCACUGUGAAUGUGCUGAAGGUUGGCUUGAACCUCUCCUAGAUCGUAUUGCUGAAAACAAAUCCAUUGUUGUUUGCCCUGUAAUAGAUGUGAUAGAGGAUGACUCCUUCAAAUAUCAGUAUGGGAAUGCCAGGGCCACAAGUAUUGGGGGUUUUGAUUGGAACAUGCAGUUUAACUGGCAUGCGAUCCCUGAUUACGAACGCAAACGCAGAGAUAACAAGGAUUAUCUACCCGUCAGGUCGCCCACCAUGGCCGGAGGAUUAUUCUCCAUUAGCAGGGAAUACUUCACGGAACUUGGGACCUAUGACCCGGGCAUGGAUAUCUGGGGAGGAGAAAACCUGGAACUCUCUUUUAGAGUGUGGAUGUGUGGUGGUACGCUGGAAAUCAUCCCCUGUUCACAUGUUGGUCACAUCUUCAGAAAGAGAAGUCCUUACAAAUGGAGAACAGGAGUCAAUGUGGUCAAGAAAAACUCCAUCCGAUUGGCUGAAGUUUGGAUGGACGAGUACAAAAACUACUAUUACGAGAGAUUCAACUACGAUCUGGGAGAUUAUGGAGAUGUUACGGACAGAAAGAAACUUCGAGAACGUUUGCAAUGCCAUAGCUUUGAUUGGUUCGUCAAAAAUAUAUAUCCUGACCUUUUUGUACCAGGAGAAGCCAUGGCAUCAGGGGAGGUUCGCAGCAAAGCCAAGCCAAUGUGUAUCGACAGUGCAGUAGACAACCAUAAUUACCACAAACCAGUUAAUAUGUGGCCUUGUCACAACCAGGGAGGCAAUCAGUACUGGAUGUUGAGUAAGAAUGGAGAGAUUCGUCGCGAUGACGGGUGUCUGGAUUACUCUGGAGGGGAAAGUGUCAUUGUUUAUCCGUGUCACGGCCAAAAGGGCAACCAGGAGUGGCAGUAUAGAGAGGAUAAUUCCAUUUAUCAUGCAAACACACAGAAAUGUAUGGAGGUCAGUGUAGAUGGACAGAAACUGACCAUGAAAACGUGUACAGGAGUCGACAGGCAGAUCUGGACUUGGAAGAGGAAGUCGCCCAGUGGUAUAAUUAGAAACUAGGGGCAGAUAAUUCCUAUGGAAAAGGCACCCUCUGAGUGGAGAGUUAACAUAGUCACUUGCCUAAGUAAUGGGAGACAAAUGCCAAAUUUUAAUUCACUCUACAGCAUACUGCUUAAAUCCUUGUGUGAUAAACUUAAUGUUAUAAAAAAUAUUUUUCUAUGCAAACAGUAUUUUUCUAUGUCGAGGUGUCUAUGGUUUGUUUUUGUCACUGUGCUAGAUCUGUGAUCUGUAAGAACUUAGGAAAUCUUUUGUGUCGCCAUGUCAUUGUAUAAAAGUUACAGAAAUGUUUUCCAUAUUAGGUGUCUUUUACACGUACUUAUAAAAAAAAAAUUAAAUUCUUUUUCCCCCCCGAGUCUAAUUAUCUAUUCAUUCAUAUGAUGCAAGCAAGGGCUUAAUUUGUAUGAUAACUGCGAUGUGUACUUUAGAUUUAAUACCAAUGUUUUGAUUAUAUAACUUUGGUAGAGAAAAUACCCUCAAUACAUAAGACUUAAUAAUCUGUAACUCUGAGAAAAAAAAUUUUUUUAAAUGUGUUGUUUAUUACUAUGUGAAUGAUACGCAUUAAUGUUCUUGUUGAGGAUAAGAAUGGCCGGUCAUCUUCUGUUAUGAUGAAAUGAGGAUUGUUUGUGAUUGUUAUACAAGUUAAGUUUGCGGUGUACACAAAAUUCAGCUUUAAUGUUGUCAAACCAAGUGGAUAUAAAUUGGUGCUAAAUUUAGAUUGUUCACGUUUUAUAAUUGCUAUGUAUGAUUUCAAAACAUUCCUUUUGGCCUAUAUUGUUGCUCAGAGUUUAAUGCAUACUAAGUAUGCUUCAUGUAUUUAGAUUGUGCAUUUUGUUAUGAUGUCAAACUUUUUUCUUGAUCAGAAAAAAAAAAGAUGAAGAAAAAAUAUUGAGGGGUUGUUGAACAGUAAAUAUAAGCUUUCAAAAGUAUGAGACUAUUUUAUGUGUAGCUUUCAGGUUUUUAUUCUGUCUUUUGACAUGUUUCAGUAUUUAAAUUUCUUCUUGUAUUCAAUAUUUUCUUUUUUCAUCUUUUUGUUAUAUAUACCGGUAUUUCAAGGGACACAACUAUUACAAAAUUUGAUGUUUUUUUUUAUUAAGAUAAUUUUUCAGUAGAGUAUUUUUUUAACAUUUGAAUUCAUGUAGUUCCCACCCCAUUUCAAAAAUAGUUUUCAAGGUACAUGUUUUACAUAGACUAUUACAUGUAUAUAUAUUGGCCAUUUAGAAUUACGUAUUACUUAGUCAGCCAUUUUGUAAUAACUCGUUUUCUCCUGCAGCAUCAUGAAUUAUAAAAAAUCAAUAGAUCUCCUUCAGUUAUCCCACAGUUUUAUAAAUGUGACAGUAUUACACAAAUAUCAUUAACAUAGAAGAUUGUCUCCCAUGCAUUCCAGAUGUCAGAAUUCAACGCUUCGAUCCUGUUUUACAUGUUUCUGAAUCACCUUUAUGUUUGUUUCCAUAUGCUGUUAUUCUUUGGUCAUUUUAUUAGUGUUCCAUGUUUUUGUAUAUAUACACGUGUUUGUAGACUUUUUGAUUAAUCAGUGACUAUGAAAUCCAGUACUUUGUGUAAUGAUAUGAAAUGUGUGUAUAGUUAGAAUGUUACAUGACAUUGCUUAGUCGGGCGAUGCCUCUCUCUCGCACCCUGUUAGUCAUUAUAAAACAUUCUUCUAUCUAUGACAAGGAGUUCAAUUUAUAGGCAUUUGAAGGCAACCUGGGUGAUAUUUAUUUCUUCAAUCUUAACAGUGAUAUUACAAUUCUAUGUGGGUGUUUGUUUGGGGUUUUUUUUGUUGAGUGUUGAUAGUUCAGUUUAACAGCACGCGAUGACACAGUGAUUUCAGCAGUUCAGUUUAACAGCAUGCGAUGACACAUUCACUGAUUUCAACCAAUAAAUCUUUCUCUGUAAGGUUAAUAUUCUCUGUUUCUAAGUUUUAUAUUUUCUUAAAAAGAUUUCUAAAUGCAUUUAUUCAAAAAACUUGAAAGAGAUUGGGUACUACACGUGUAUUUAUAAAUAGAUUUGGGUUGAUUAAUUAACAUCUUUCAGAAAAUUUGGUUUUCCAAACGAAUUGGUAGACUAAGUGCUUCUCUUGCCUUUUGAAGUCGCCGUUCAGUUUUAAAGUUUGUUCUUCAUGUUCUUUCUGGAUUUAAAUUGGGGGAAGGAGAUAUGUGCCCUUGAAUGCACAGUUGUUCAGUAAUGACAAUCAGUGGGAAGGGGGAGGGGGGGGGGUUCUAUCUUAAAUUGACUUCAAAUAUAACCCCAAAAAAAUCGCAUUUCUCUUUCAAUCAACUUCUAAAGUACAUUACUUUGAUGUGCAUUUCAUGUAUAUUAAUUAUGUAUAUUAAUUAGUUGUUGCUGUUGGUAAAGUAACUGUGAUUCUCCGAUUGGGCGAGUCGGUAUUUUGAAUCUAUGUCUCUGGAAUCUACAACUAUGAGUUUGAUUUCAUCACAAUAUAUAUAGAUUUAAGGUGAAUUAUGUAUUUUUCAAGUUCUUCAUUUACAUUUUGCUCUAUGGUUGACCAGCAUAAAUGGUAAUUCAAUGGUGUUCUCUCUAGCUUUAAGGUACUGCAACAAAAUGAUCGAUUGUGUAUCUUUCCAAUGUUGUAAUGUGACUAUGUACAGAUUUAAUUAUAAUUGCAAAAUAAUAAUUAAUUUUGUGUGCAGUACAAAAGGUAUAAAGCUAUUGUUUGGUCUAGCAUUCAAUGCUUUGUAAUUAUAGUAAGCAAUGUUUCCUAUUUAAGUCUUAAUUAAUGUUUUCAUAAUAUGGUACAGUGUACUUAUAUAAUUAUAUUAUAUAUACUGGUGGUGUAUGACUGGGAAGUGAGGGCUGGUAACCAGCUUAGUGUGCCUUAAUUAAAAAAAAAUUCUAAACUU